AUGUCUUCCCAAAGCCCUGCCAAACUCGAGCCCCUGCUUGUAUCGCACGGCGGAAAGUGGACGUUGACGUCUGAUGGAGAGGCUUUGGAGCGGAGUUUUAAGUUUAAAAACUUUACAAAGACGUGGGAUUUUAUGACGGCUGUUUCGCUGCAGUGCAAGAUCUGGAAUCAUCACCCUGAGUGGUCAAACGUCUACAGCACAACAUUCAUCCGCUGGACAACCCAUGUGCCCAAGGGCCUAUCAGAUAAAGACAUUGGCCUGGCCACACUAUGCGAUGCUCUGGCUAAAGACUUUGGAGAGCUGGACCCUGAACCUGCAAGUUGCGAGAUGAAGAGCCUGGCAAAUGAAGUAGUCAAGGAUGGAAAUUGUUGUGUGAAGAAAUGA